AGUAAAUGGACCGCAUUGUUAAAUCAGUUCUUUAUUUAGCUGGGUUUGGUGGUCUUGGCUACUCAUUACUAACAUUCUGCAACCCAAGCUCUAAUAAAGAUUUAACACAAUAUAAAAACUACCCAGGCUUUGAGAAGAACCCAGUGGAGCGUGUUAAGGAGAAGCAGAGAUUCGUCAAUAUAAUACAAUCAGCAAGUGAAUCAGAGGAACCAGUUUAUAUGUCAAAGGAUCAGUUCAAGAAGCUAUGUCAGAAAUAACCAUGCAGGACAAGUUGGAUUUCUUAAACAAACGUGAAACUGAGCGUAAAUUGAAAUCCAAGCAAAAUGAAAAGGGGUCAGUGGAAAACGAGAAAGUUGAUUACUUUGAAAAAGUAGUUGCUGAGAAAAAAUCCGAAAUUAAGGAGCUAAUAGAACAAUCCUCACAAAUAGCACAAAAAGAUAAACUGGCAGAGCAUUUUAAUAAGAUUUCUAAUAAUAUACUAACAUUGCAAAAAUACAUUGCUUCAAAUAAUUUGUUCCUUAGAACUUAUGAUAUUAAGGUUUAUCAAGAAAGCAUCACAUCUUUAAGUAAUGAAGUUAAGGAGUUGGAAGAUAAAUUAUUACCUAAGAAGAGAUUUAAUUUCAAAAAGAGAUCAGAUGUGGUUAAAGCCAGCAAUGUGACACAGGUGCAGCCUGUUAAAUUGGACAAGGUAGAUAUUGAUGUUGGUGAUUGUGGUUUCAAGGACUUAAAUGAUCAGGAACUCAAUUUGAAUCGAGAAGAAGUUUUCAAGAAGGAUGUUGCUUUAGCAAAUCUUGAAAAUUGCACAGUUAAGAUCUAUGGUACACCAUCCACUUUGCAUUUAUCAAACAUCAAGAAUUGCAAGAUUUAUUCUGGACCUGUUUCCACCUCUAUUUUCGCUGAUGGAUGUAUCGAAUCUACCUUGGUUAUAAGUUGCCAGCAGUUAAGAUUGCAUAGUUCUAAGUCUGUUAAUAUAUAUCUGCAUGUUACUAGUCGCGCUAUCAUGGAGGACUGUACUCACAUCAAUGUGGCUCCAUACAAUUUGGAAUACGAUAAACUUGCUGAGGAUUUCGAAAGGGCUGGCUUGGAUCGUAAUGUAAACAACUGGUUAAGCGUAGACGAUUUUAAUUGGUUAAAUGUUGCAAAGGAUUCUCCCAAUUGGAAUCAAAUGGAAGAAGCUGAUAGGGUUCCUAGUUUUUUUAUUUGAGUCUCUUACAUAAUACUAUAAAAGCUUUUUAAAAUGUA